AUGUCUACUCACAGUUACGGGGUCCACGAAUUGCAGAAAAUUAAGAUAUGGAACUACAAUCCUGAAAAUAAACACACAUACAUCUACAUUCAUGGAGGUGCUUGGAGAGAUCCCAACAACACCUAUGAGGAAUUAGCCCCUGUUGCCGAAACAACCCCAGGGGCCACAUUUAUCGGCAUCAAUUAUCGAUUGACUUCGCUGAAAGUGAAACAUCCUGUGCAUUUGGCAGAUGUAACGAAAGCUAUAGUCUACAUUGUGACCAAAUUCCAACUCCAAGAAAUCCAUUUGUUGGGCUACUCAGUUGGUGCUACAAUGAUACUUCAAUUGUUACAGUUCAAGUACUAUUUCAAUGAAUCAUUCAUGUACUAUAAAUUCUGGAUCAUGGACAAGGAAACUGCUGGUGAGUCCUAUGAUGAUUCGGUGUUUCUUGAAUUGAAUGAGAUAGAACAAAAGGAAGACUUGAUAAACAAGCUUGACAAGUUGAUCAAAUUGGGCAAAUUGACAAUUUCAUCCAUCAAAUUCCUCGAUGGUAUCUACGAUUUGCCGAAAUUACUUGACGAAUACCCGCAAUACGCAUCUUGGGUGCGUCAAGCUUACCCCGGCCAAAAAUUGAUUCAACUCACUUCAUUGUCGAAUAUGACUUAUCAAACGACGCAUGCAUUGGCGCCGCUAACUUUCGAUAAGUCGACAUCAAUGAUUGAUAAGGAUGCCAAGUUGUACAUUGUCCAUUCGUUGCAGGAUGAAUUGUUGUCGUUGCAUCAGACGCGGUUGUUUGAGGACUUCUUGAAGAAUACGGUGGGCAAAUCGUGUACUGUCUUGACUGGUGAUUGGGGGAGACACGAUGAUAUUUACGGCGACUACCGCAAGGAGAUAUUCUUGUAUGGAGAGGAAACAAGCUGA